UUUGACCGGAUACAGGAAGUUUGAAACGACAACGAAAACUCCGGUUAUGGAUUUGAGCAACGGCCUGGAGGAUGUUGCUGUUUUAUUUCAACCUCAUUCGGCCAAACAGAGCAUUCCUGACUUCGAGGUGCAUGUCUUUAGAGGUGGGAGGAAGCCGGAGUACCCGGAGGGAACCCACGCAGUCACGGGGAGAACAUGCAAACUCCACACAGAAAGAUCCCGAGGCCGGGAUUGAACUCACGACUACUCAGGACCUUCGUAUUUACUCCCCAGGCAACGUUCCAGGACCAGGAUGCACCGCUGACCCCAGUGAAGUGACACUUCCGGGAUGCUCCUGCCGUUCCCACCAGUGUCCCAGCGAGACCUGCUCCUGCCUGCAGAGCCACGGACAAGCCUACGCCAGCAACGGCACGCUGCUAAGCGCCAACGUGCCGGACGCCAACCACUGCACGCCGGUGUUCGAGUGCAACGCCCUCUGUCCCUGCAGUGACACGUGCUCCAACCGGGUGGUGCAGGGAGGACUGCGACUGGCCUUGCAGGUGUGCAGCACCGGCGAGAGGGGGUGGGGAGUGCGCACUUGUCAGCGGAUACCGCGAGGGACGUUCGUGUGCGAGUACGCAGGAGAGGUCAUCGGCUUCGAGGAGGCCAGAUGUCGACAGCUCGCGCAGGGAUGUGAGGUAAACAAUUACAUCAUCGCCGUACGGGAGCACGGCGGGACGGCGUCCGUCGCCGAGACAUUUGUGGACCCGACCACUGUGGGAAACGUCGGCCGCUUCCUGAACCACUCCUGCCUGCCCAACCUGUUCAUGGUGCCGGUCCGCGUGCACUCAGCGGUGCCCAGAUUGGCGCUCUUCGCCGGCCGGGACAUCGACGCCCUAGAGGAACUGACGUUUGACUACUCGGGGGGCUACAGAAACCAAACACCCGGACAGAUGCCGGUCACACAAACUGAUCAGGCCAGUAGGACAGUCCGGAGGAAAGUAUGUCACUGCGGUGCCAACAACUGUGAAAAGUUCCUUCCUCUGGAUGCAUCUAUUUUAAACUAACCUACAUUACAACACCCCCAACCCCCUCGUUGAAACGUUCAUAUUCAUACCUUGACAUCAUCUUCAAACAAGACAAAAUGUCAGUCUGUCUUCAUUACCGAGUUUCUGAGAGAACUCCUUGACAUUUCUGUGUACUCUUGAGCAGCGUUCAAGAACACCUACUUCCUGUCAUGCUGCCAUUACACUUGAUAUCCCACCUGAAGAGCAUCCUGAGCACCACCAGCAUAUCCUUUUAUUCAUCUGAAUAGCCAAGAUAUUUUCAGUCUUUAUGACAGUAAAGCACAACCAGAGUAACGAAUGUCAUAUGACUCCAACCACUCAUUUCUGUCAUCCUAAACAGUGUCUCUAUUCUUGCUAUUCUCAGUUUUCUCAUCGCUCUUGGGCCUCAGGAGAGGUGCGACCAAUUAAAAGGGGCCUCGGGGUGUUUGGAUUUAGAAACACGUUUUAUUCCCCAGUCGAAGGAGGAGGAGUGCGGGUGUCCCACUUCAACGUGACGGUUUCUGAAAUCAGGCCCUCCCUUUCAACGUGGCCCAUUUCUCGUCUAGACCCGCUUUCAUUUUAGUAAUAAUAUCAACAUCUGGGUUAAUUAGAAUAGAGAGAGAAAUGGCACCAUUGCUUGAGAAUGUAAGCGCGGACAAGCAGAGGGAAAUCUGCCGAGUUGUUUUUCACAAUUAUAGUGAACGCUGUUUUAGAAAUCUUGUUUUUUUCCCUAUUUGCAUGAUCUUAAUUAUGAAAACUCUUAUAUUUGUAUUUAAACAAUACAACUCCCCAAGGUUUCAGAUGUGAACCGCCCAGCUGCCAUUUUAUUUGUCACCUUAGCACAGUUUGUGCUGGUGUCUCUAUAGAAGACACAUUUUUGUGGUGCAAAAUUGUGAGAAAAAGGAAUAUCCGGAGAUUUUAUUUUAUUUUAUUUUAUCUUACAAGACAAAAUUAUAUAAUUUGAAAAGAUUAAAGUGAAAUAUUUUGUGAGAAAAAAAUGUUAAUAUUGUGAGAAAUAAAAGUUGUCAUAUUUUCAAAAAAAUAAGUAAAAUUAUUAUGCCAUUUUACAUGAUUAAAGUCAAAUAUAUUAUGAAAAAAGUAAAAAAAAAAAAAUCAGAAAAAUUGCAAAGUGGGAGAAAAAGGUUUCAUUACAUACAACAAUGUUCAGGGAAUAUUAGAAUAUCAGAAUAGUUAUAAUAUUUAUAAUUUGUCAAAUGUAAAAAAAGUCAAAUAUUUUGUGAAAAAGGUAGGUUUUUUUUAAUAGAAAAACGCAAUACUGUCAGAGAAAAGUAUUGUGCGAAAAUAUUUUAAGAAAAAAAAAAAUGUAUGAAAAAAGUGCAAUCCUACGUAUUUAAAGUCAAAUACAUUGUGGAAUUUUUUAUUUUUUAUUUUUAGAAAACAAUUACUCAUAUUGUGAGGAAAAAAAGUUGUCAUUGUACAAGAAUUAUGUCGCAAUAUAUUAAAAAAAAUAAAUAGAAUGAUUAUGCCAU